ACCUCAGAGUUGGGUGUCACGGAACAUGUUGAAGGAGACCCUUGCAAAUUUGCACUGUGGGUGGGGAGGACGCCAACUUCAGAUAAUAAAAUUGUCCUUAAGGCCUCCAGUAUAGAAAACAAGCAAGACUGGAUCAAGCACAUCCGGGAAGUGAUCCAGGAGAGGACCAUUCACCUGAAAGGUGCCCUGAAGGAGCCCAUUCACAUCCCCAAAACAGCUCCGGCAACGAGACAGAAGGGAAGGAGGGACGGAGAGGAUCUGGACAGCCAAGGGGACGGCAGCAGCCAGCCUGAUACCAUCUCAAUUGCCUCGCGGACGUCCCAGAACACGCUGGACAGCGAUAAGCUGUCCGGCGGCUGCGAGCUGACGGUGGUGAUCCACGACUUCACGGCCUGCAACAGCACCGAGCUGACCAUCCGCCGCGGCCAGACCGUGGAAGUCUUGGAGCGGCCCCACGACAAGCCUGACUGGUGUCUGGUGCGGACCACCGACCGGUCGCCCGCCGCGGAAGGCCUGGUCCCCUGCGGCUCCCUGUGCAUCGCCCACUCCAGGAGCAGCAUGGAGAUGGAGGGCAUCUUCAACCACAAAG